AUGGCAAUUUUACCAGACGACACACCAUCCAACGCAGGUCCCGUACUAGAACCGAUUGCAAUCAUUGGAUAUGCCUGUCGAUUGUCUGGAGAUGUCACCUCACCCAAUGAUCUGUGGUCGUUGUGUACUCGGGCCCGAAGUGGCUGGCGCCCCAUCCCAAAAGAGCGCUUCUCCCACGGUGCCUACCAUCAUCCCAAUCCCUCUAAGCCCGGCACCUUCAAUCCUGCUGGCGGUUACUUCCUAGACGAAGAUGUCUUCAAAUUCGAUGCCCCAUUCUUCAACGUCAGCGUCCAGGAAGCUACUUCUAUGGACCCCCAGCAGCGCCUGCUCUUGGAGACCUCCUACGAAGCCUUGGAGAGUGCCGGCAUCCCCAAGGAAUCUCUCGCGGGCCGUAACGUAGGUGUCUUUGUCGGCGGCAACUUUUCCGACUACGAGCUCAAUAAUCUGCGCGAUAUUGAAACUACCCCGGCAUUCCAGGCCACAGGAAAUGCUCCUGCUCUCCAAUCAAAUCGAAUCUCCUAUUACUUUGACUUUUCGGGCCCCAGUCUCACCGUGGACACUGCAUGCUCGUCUUCUAUGGUUGCUCUUCACUAUGCCGUGCAGAGCUUGCGGAGUGGCGAGUCCAGCGAGGCGCUGGUUGGCGGAUGUAGAUUGAAUAUCCUCCCGGAUUGUUUUGUUUCCAUGUCCAUGUCACAGUUGUUCAACGACGAGGGCAAAACAUAUUCUUUCGACGAGAGAGCCAAAUCCGGGUUUGCACGAGGCGAGGGUGCUGGCGUGGUCAUGCUCAAGCCCCUCGCUGCUGCUUUGCGCGAUAAAGAUCCCAUUCGAGCAGUCAUUGCUAAUUCGGGUGUCAACCAAGACGGAAGGACCAAGGGUAUUACAUUACCGAAUGGAAAAGCACAGGAAGAAUUGAUUAAGCGCGUGUACAAGGACGCUCAUAUCAAGCGGGAGGACUGUGGCUAUGUUGAGAUGCAUGGCACAGGAACCAAGACUGGUGAUCCCAUUGAAGCGCAGGCCGUACAACGGGCUCUGGGAGGAGGAGACCGCACAUCCAGGAACCCUCUCUACAUUGGAUCUGUCAAGUCCAAUGUUGGCCAUCUGGAGGGCGCAAGUGGCGUCGUAUCCAUCAUCAAAGCGGCCAUGAUUCUCGAGAAAGGGCUGCUGCUGCCGAAUUGCGACUUCAAAAAGCCACACCCCAACAUUCCGCUGCAUGAGUGGAACAUGAAAGUCGUUACCUCCACGCGGCCUUUCCCGCGGGGUAAGAAGUAUGUCAGUGUCUCCAACUACGGGUUCGGAGGCACCAACGCCCAUGUUGUGCUUGAGAGGCCUCCUCCACUCGGGGCACGGCGAGAUGAUGCGGCGUCAGAUGGUGAUCCCAAGCGCCGGCUGUUCGUGCUCUCGGCUGGCGAUAAGGACUCGCUGAAGAUAAGAAUCCAUGAUUUCUGUGUCUACUUUGAACAGAAUCCCGAGGUGUUUGAGAACUCGCUGUUCGGGAACUUUUGCUACAGCACUGGAAGCAAGAUGUCGCAGCUUGCAUACCGUGUUGCUGUCACCGCCACGUCUUUAGAUGAGCUUGGUACGCGCCUGGCUCAGCUGAACGCCAAUCCCCGUCGCGUUCUGGGUCCUCCCAAGAUCUCAUGGGUCUUCACCGGACAGGGCGCGCAAUGGCCGGGAAUGGGAACCCCGCUGAUGGACGAGUACCCGGCUUUUGCGUCCACUAUGGUGCGGGCGGACCAAUGCUUGAGAGACCUAGGCGCGCAGUUCUCUCUUCUGGAGGAACUUCGUAAGGAGCCUGGCGAGUCCCAGAUCAACUCGCCGCUCCUCAGCCAGCCAGCCUGCACCGCUCUACAGCUUGCUCUGACUGACCUUCUCCGGUCGUGGGGAAUCCAGCCGGACUCUGUCGUGGGCCACAGCUCCGGUGAGAUUGGUGCCGCAUAUGCCGCGGGAAUCUUUGAUCUGGAAGCUGCCAUGGCGCUUGCUUACUACCGCGGUCAAAUGGCUACCCUGCUGAAGAGUUCUUACCCUGCUCUGCGUGGAACGAUGAUUGCCGUCGGUGCCAGUCCAGUGGAGAUCAGGCCAAUGUUAAAGCUCCUCAAGGCGUAUGCUACAAUUGCUUGUGUAAACAGCCCCUCUAGUGUUACGGUUUCCGGGGAUGUCGAUGCCAUCUCUGAGCUAGAGGCUAUUCUGAACGAGAAAUCGACCUUCAACCGGCUUCUCAAUAUUGACGUGGCUUACCACUCCAAUCACAUGGGGAAUGUGACCGAGGCUUAUCUCACGGCCAUUCAGGCUAUCAAGCCUACAACUACCGGAACAGCUACCUUUUUCUCCUCAGUUACCGGUGGGAUCGCCGAGCCGGCCGACCUGGGUCCUGCCUACUGGGUGCAGAACCUGACCUCUACCGUCCUGUUCGCUGACGCGCUUGGCAAGAUGUGCGCCGACGACGAGUCGCGGCCAAAUAUGCUCAUUGAGCUUGGCCCGCACUCCGCCCUGAAGGGUCCGAUCCUGGACACUCUGAAGGGUAUUGGCGCCGCGGCCGCUAAGAUCAGCUACGCUCCUACGCUCAUUCGCAAGUCGGAGCCCUCACAGUCUCUUCUGGAUACUGCUGGCGCAGCGUAUGUGCGCGGCGUCGUCCUUAAUAUGACCGAGAUCAACUUCCCCAGCAGUAAGGCGAAGAACCGCUCGUUCCUACGUAACUUACCUCGCUACCCCUGGCAACACAACACCCGUUACUGGCAUCACUCCCGCAUUGCCGAGAAGCACUGCCAUAGGGACGACAAACGUAACGAUAUUCUGGGGACCGUAGCGCUAUACUCGAAUGACCUAGAGCCUACGUGGCGUAACAUUGUCCGCCUGGACGAUGUGCCCUGGCUCCGCGAGCACAAGAUGCAGGGUAUGAGCGUGUAUCCGAUGGCCGGGUACUUGGCCAUGGCCAUCGAAGCAGCAAAGCGACGCGCAGAACAGCACGGGGCGCCAUUCUCGCAAUUCGAGUUCCGCGAGGUCAAAGUGAGCGCAGCACUCGUGCUGACGGAAGAUGUCGACACGGAGACUGUUAUAACCCUGCGACCGUACGCCGAGGGCACUCGCGGCAACUCUGAUCUCUGGGACGACUUUUGCAUCUACUCAUGGAACACAAAGCGGAGCUGGACCGAGCACUGCACGGGACUCGUUCGCGUCCGCAGUACUGAGAAGCAGCAGCAGACCGCAGUGUCCAACGUCGCCGAGACCGAGCUGAAGCAUAUGAGUGCUCAAACGGAGAAGGUGAUAGCGGCCGCUACCUAUAAAAUCGACAUACAGAACAUGUACCGGGUUCUCUCCGAGGUCGGGGCUGGCUACGGCGCAUGCUUUCAGGGCCUGGAGAACUGCUUUUCUGACCCGCGCCACUCCCGCGCAGACCUUUAUCUCCGGGACACGAAAAAGGCCAUGUAUAAGGAGUACGAAGCUCCCCUAAGUAUUCAUCCUGUCUUUCUGGAUGCACUGCUGCACCUUGCCUGGCCUAUUCUGGGCAAAGGGCGCAUGGAGCUUGAGACUCUGUACAUGCCCACCAUAAUUAGGAAUCUGGUUAUCAGCGCCAAUAUUCCGACUACCCCAGGGAAUUUUGUUAAAGCCUGGUGUAUUGGUUGCCCCAGUGUGCCGACUCCCCAGUCUACCGAGUUUGACUUGUGGGUGACGCCCCAAGACUCCACUGAGGUCUUGAUUAACAUGGAGGGCCUCGUUAUGACUCCCCUGAAGGAUACCAACGCAGACAGCGGUGAAAACGUAGCUCACUUGUGCUACAAGAUUGAAUGGCAACCUCUCGCUGACGGUAAAGCUAUCAAUGGCCACACUACCGAUGAAGAACUCUCCAAUGGAGAGCUUGCCAAUGGACACGCUGUGAGUAGUGAGCUUACCAACGGCACCACCACCAAUGGAAAGCUGACUAAAAGUCACGCCGUCAAUGGUGAACUUACCAAUGGCCAUGCUCACGACGACAUAGGCCGGGAGGAGAAGGGCUACAUUAAUGGCAAUGGUGUCAAUGGCAUUCACACCAGAGAGCUGUUGAUCAUGCAGUAUGGCAAGUCCGACGGCAGUGCUGACAAGUUGAGCGAGGCCGUCUCCACCAAGACCAACUGGAACCCAUCAAUUCACCCUUUGGGGGUAGUUGACUCCUGGGAGAAGCAUAUUCUGGUACUUCAGACAGGCACCACAUCUCUGCGGGAUGCUACCGUCGAGAUCUUUGAUAACGUCAAGAAAACCCUACUCAAUGCUUCCCACCUGCUCUGGGUUUACCGUCUGGAUAGCCCUGAUGCCCAGAUGAUUAUUGGUCUCACACGCAGUUUGCGCUCUGAGGGUCUCCUCGGGAUUGCCGCAUUAGGGCUGGAAGCCAAGGAUAUUGGGACCCCAACCCCUUCCAUCUUGGCUGCUAUAAACGCCCUGUGGCCGGUGAAUGGCGAAGAGUCCUGCAAAGAGCGGGAGUUCCGCGCUUGCGGCUCACAGCUCCUUAUCCCUCGAGUCACAAAUGAUACUAUUGCCAAUUUAUUCGUUCAUAAAGAGACCCAGGAGAAGAUCCUCUCAAUUCAGCCAUUCUACCAACCCGGUCGCCGUCUCAAGCUUGAGAUUGCAAGGCCGGGUUCUAUCGAUACACUGUACUUUACAGAUGAUAACGUCAAUACGCUGGGCGACGACGAUAUCGAGAUUGAAGUCAAGGCGACUGGUCUCAAUUUCAAAGACAUAGUUGUCACAAUGGGCCAGCUCGCUCAGUCAUGGAUCGGCAUUGAAUGCAGCGGUGUAGUCUCUUCUAUCGGGAAGAAUGUCACUAGUUUCACGGUCGGCCAGCGAGUUAUGGCCCUACCUGAAGGUGCUUAUUCUACCUACGCGCAGUCGCGGGCUACAAGUGCGGCUCCCUUGCCUGAGAACAUGUCGUUCGAGGUGGGCGCUACUAUACCGGUGGCUUUCUGCACAGCCUAUUACGCUCUCAUUGAUCUCGGGCGCCUCGAAGCCGGCGAGCGUGUUCUAAUCCACGCCGGUGCAGGCGGUGUCGGCCAAGCAGCAAUCAAGCUGGCACAGAUGAUCGGUGCUGAAAUAUUCGUGACUGUCAGCAGCGUUGACAAGAAGAGCUUCCUCAAGACACAAUACGGUAUCCCCGAGGACCACAUCUUCUAUUCUCGCGACUCUUCCUUUGGGCGUGGGAUCAGGCGCGCCACCAGCGGCCGUGGUGUCGAUAUUGUGGUCAACUCUCUGGCUGGUGACCUUCUCCGCGAGACGUGGAUGACUCUUGCGCCAUUCGGGCGGUUUAUUGAGAUUGGCAAGGCUGAUAUCACAAAGAAUACCCGCCUGGACAUGCUGCAAUUCGAGAAUAACGUCAGCUUCGCGUCUGUCGACUUGACCAAGAUUGCUCAGCACAAGCCCAGACUGAUGAGGCGUCUGCUCGACAAUGUCUAUCAGCUCAUGUCCGAGGGCACUGUUUCACCUAUUCUGCCUUUGACUACUUACCGUAUCUCGGAGCUCGAGACGGCCUUCCGGACCCUUCAGACUGGCAAGGCGAUGGGUAAGAUCGUAAUUGCUCCUCAUAAAGAUGACCAGGUUAAGGCCGUGGUACCCAAACUUGGCUCCUCUGUCCUUAGCGCCGACGUAUCUUACCUCCUGAUCGGCGGCACCGGUGGCCUAGGGCGAAGUGUAGCUAAAUGGAUGUCGUCAAAGGGCGCGCGUAACAUCGUGCUCGUAUCCCGCAGCGCAUCCAUCAAUACCAAGGUCCAAGCUCUAAUCGACGAGCUCGCCGCCCAUGGCACAACCAUCAGCGUCAAGCCCUGCGACGUAAGCGAUAUGAAAUCCGUCAACAACCUCAUCAAUCAAGAAUUAAAGGGCCUCCCACCAGUCCGCGGUGUCGUGCACGGCGCCAUGGUUCUCCGCGACAUGCUUUUCGAGAAGACGACCCUCGCCGACUUCCAAGCCGUCGCAUCCUGUAAAGUCGAGGGCGCCUGGAACCUGCACCACGCACUGCACGAUUCACCCCUCGACUUCUUCGUCGCGCUCUCCUCCGUCGCCGGCAUCAUUGGAAACCGCGGCCAAGCCGCCUACGCUGCCGCCAACGCCUUCCUAGACGGGUUCAUGGAGUAUCGCCGGUCCCGGGGUCUCCCUGGGACUACGAUCGACUUGACAGCCGUCCGGGAUGUCGGAUAUCUUGCCGAAGUCGAGACCAAACGCCGAGAGGAGGUGCUGAAGAAUAUUGGCACGGAUGGCAUCGACGAAGCACAGGUACUGGCGCUCCUUGGUGCCGCGGUCACAGGGACACUAUUGCAAUCAUGUUCCGGGCAGUCCAUCACCGGUCUUGACCUCGGCACUCGUCUGGACCACUUCUGGGUACAGGACAGCAAGUUUUGCUCUUUAUAUGAGGCAGCGAAGGAGAAGUAUGGCAACAGCACGGAAGACGACAUGUUGUCUCUUCCGUUAAAAGUGCAACUUUCCAAUGCUCCUAGCAAGGUAGAAGCUCAGGCUAUUGUCUACGAGGCUCUGGCAGCUAAGCUGGCGCAGGUACUUGUUAUGCCGCCGGAGGAAUUAAACCCCGAAUCUAGCAUUGCGGUGCUUGGUGUGGAUUCGUUGGUGGCCAUUGAAAUCCGCAACUGGAUUUCUCGUGAGGCACACUCCAAUGUCCAGGUUCUGGAGUUGCUUUCGUCUGGCUCGCUGAUGGCUUUGGCGGGAAUUAUUCUUAAUAACUCGACGAUCUCAUUUUCACCUUCUUAG